AUGCCGGGAUGCUUUUGGGGAGUGGAGAAGUUUUUCACCAAGCAGCUUAGUGAUAAAGGGUUAAUUGACAUUAAGGUUGGAUAUGCCAAUGGACUUCGGAAUGUUUCUGAUGUAACCUACGAAAAGGUUUGUAGUGGAGCCACCAACUUUGUUGAAGCUGUUCAAAUCUCAUAUGAGCCAUCUACCCUUGGCCUUAAUGAUAUCUUAAGUUUAUUCUUUAGAAUGCAUGACCCUACAACUGUCAAUGCUCAAGGUCCUGAUACCGGAACUCAAUAUCGUUCUGCUAUUUUAUAUAGUAAUGAAGAAGAUGGUCAGAUUGCGAAACAGGUUAGAGAUCAAUUCCAGAAGGAAUGGUAUCCUAAUCAUAAGAUAGUUACGAUAUUGGAGCCACUUGAUGUUUGGUACGAUGCAGAGGCGUAUCAUCAGAAAUAUUUACAGAAGAAUCCUGGUGGGUAUGAUUGCCCUACACAUUUUUUAAGAACGAAACCUAAGGUUUAA